AUGCCGGGAGUAACAAUGGUUGCUUCCCGAGGAGCUAACCCCAGCUCUCUCUGGCGCCCUCGCACCCUUCGCCGCACCCUUCGCUCCUCCCGACGUAUUGUUCCUUCUUCGACUCGCUUCCUGUCAUUCAAUUGCAAUCCAAUUACCCCCUACAAUGGCCGGCCCUCGGCAAAUACCAGCUCUUCGCAUCUGCUAUGCAAGGUGUUUACCAACAACUCAUCCUCCUCCUACUUCUCGACGUCAUCCUCUCUGCUGUUACCCGAGAACUGGGACGAAAAUCCGAACUUGUCAAUUACCAAUUUCUCGGAACUUCCCUCUAAGGACUUCGGAGUCAACCAGCAUAUGGUCAUAAACCAAGAUUUCAAGGAGGCAUUGCGAAUGAUCCUUUGGCAGUUCAGAGCACCAAUUCGCUACGCAUUUGCCUAUGGAUCGGGUGUCUUUCCGCAGACUGGCAGCGGGGUGCCAUCCAGCUCACUGCACCCCUCGGCACCCUCGGCCAUCCAAAAUAUGCAAAAGGGCUCCGGGAAGAUGAUUGACUUCAUUUUCGGAGUGUCAUACUCCCAGCAUUGGCAUGAUAUCAAUCUACACCAGCAUCGUGAUCAUUAUUCUGCAUUAGGCUCGCUGGGGUCGUACGUGGUCUCUCAGGUACAGGACCGCUUUGGCGCGGGUGUCUACUUCCAUCCUUAUAUCACCGUGAACGGGACAAUGAUCAAAUAUGGUGUGGUGAACCUAGAUACGUUAUGUCGAGACCUCACCCAGUGGGACACCAUGUAUCUCGCCGGUCGUCUGCAGAAGCCCGUCAAGAUCUUGCGUGACCACCCGAAGGUGCGAUUGGCCAACCAAAUGAACUUGCUGUCUGCUUUGCGUGUUGCACUGCUAUUACUGCCAGAGAGAUUCAGUGAAUUCGAGUUAUAUACCACAAUCGCAGGUAUGAGCUACAUGGGAGAUCUACGCAUGAGCCUCCCCGCCGAGGACCCCGGCAAGGUGCGAAAGAUUGUUUCAGGACAAAUGGCGAACUUCCGCCGGCUUUACGCACCGCUCAUCGAAAAUUUGCCCAAUGUCACUUUCCAGGACCCCCGCUGCAGCAACGAGGAUUGGAUCGAUGACCCGAACGCCAUCUUAGCCAUGGCGCAAGAUAUGGACCCCGUGAUGCGUGGUAACAUGGUUCGUCGUCUGCCUGAAGCUUUCCGGCAAAAGUUGUACUUCCAGUACCAGUCUCGCUUUGGCAUCCCCCGGGCCGAUUUCAAUAAGUUGAUGCAGGAGAGCAAGGAUUCGGACGAGGUUCUUCGCCGGCCUGAAGGCGGUUCGUUUGAGCGACGGAUUGCUGGAGAUGAUGAUCUUCAGGAGGAGGUCUCCAAGACCAUUGAGAAGACAAUCCGCUGGCCAAGUACUGUCCAGACGAUCAAGGCACCGUUCACGGCAGGCCUUAGUAAGAGUUGGACUUACCUUAUGGAGAAACGCGAGAAGCACAAGCACUCUCAGAUGGCAGCCCCUUCAGCACCCGAACCCCCCGCUGUGGUGAAAAAGCCCGCCGAAGCACCGAAGACAUUGGAGCCGAAGGAGACAAAGGCAGAAUAG